UAUAUGCAUAUACAUAAUUAGUACAAAAAGCCGCCUGUUGAUUUGAUGCAAGGAAUAUAAAUAAUUGUGUAAUCUGUUAAAAUGUUUAAAUGCUGCGUGUGUAAUAAGAAAGCAAACAAAGAGGAGACAAACAAUGAGAUAUCAAAAAAGCAGAAAAAAUCAAAACAGAGUAAAAUUAACGAAGCUACGGAGAUAGAAAAUCAUUGUGCAACAAAAAAGAACGACGAUAACAGCAAGGAAAAGUUAUCGAAGAAUGAUUCGGGAAAAGAAAGUCCUCGCGAUAAGCCGGAAGAAAAAAGUAAGGAAAAUAAUCUGAACGCCGGAUGCGAAAAUGAUGAUAAUUGGUGUGAAACAAAAAAUAAUGCCUCGGAUCCAAUUGACGAUGAAAAUAAAGCUUCGAAGGAUGUUAGGCAGGAGAUGCCAAAUUUAGAAAUAUUAUUGCAUUCACCGCAUUCUCAAUCGCCUAAUAAAACUGCAACGAUUCCACAUAAAAACUUUUUGUACGGGGCUGCAGCUUAUAUAGAAAGAACGAUCGACGACGGACCCGAAGAGGAGGGAGACGACUCUGUUUUUGAGGCCGGACCACCUUCGAUAGAAAAUAAUUUGAAUAAGAAAUCAUUGCCAGGAGUAUCGCCACUGACGAGAUGGCUGUCCCAAGAAGAGACCGACGACACGUCGGAGGGAUGCGCCGGAAUGCAAGAACCGCCUGCAACGCCGGUAGCUAAAGACGAAUUAGCGCUUCGCAGGCACAGGUUUUUCUCCGACUUACUCGAAGCUGCGCAAAACACUUCCGAACAUAGAGUGCGGUUUGAUCCACUAGGACCAACAGUCCACGCCGGCUGUGAACCCGACAGCAGAGAGGAACAGCUCGAGGAUCUUGUAACACGUUUGGAGAACGUAACAAGGCGUCUUGAAAGAGUUCCUGGAGCGGGAACAGAGACUCAGGAAACUGCCGUUCAAACAAAAACACCGUCUCCUGACAAUCAAUCUCCGGUAGCUCAUCAAACGACCUCAAUAUCGCCGCAAGCCAAGAUGUCUGUCGCAGGCUACGAAGAUAUCAUCGCCGGGCCCGUUUCCCAGUAUUUACAACUGAGUCAAAAGAUCGGCGGUGAUGUUUUGACACACAGCAAACUGGUCGAGAAAGCUUUCCAGGUUCAGCUGCAGUUCAUCCAAACGGCAGCUUCACAUCCUGCUCCAGCAAACCAGUCGCAACAAGUCGCUCUUCUCGCUCCAACUUCCACUCAAAUUCAGGAGAUACAAGAGUUCAGAGAAAAGAACAGAGGCUCUUCAUUUUUCAAUCAUCUCUCCGCUAUCAGCGAAAGUAUUCCGGCGCUCGGAUGGGUCGCCGUUUCACCGACGCCAGCGCCCUAUGUCAAGGAAAUGAACGAUGCGGGACAAUUCUACACUAACCGUGUCUUAAAAGACUGGAAAGAGAAGGACAAGAAUCACGUCGAGUGGUGCAAAGCUUGGGUUCAGACUCUGACCGAGCUUCAGCAAUACGUUCGCCAGCACCAUACGACCGGUUUGGUUUGGGCCAAAACUGGCACGCCAGCAGUUCCCGCAGCUCCUGGCGCUCCACCACCACCGCCGCCUUCGAUGCCGGUCGGAGACGUUGCUGCGGAUCUCGGAGAAGAUAGAAGCGCACUUUUCGCCCAAAUAAAUCAAGGGGAAGGUAUCACCAGAAGCUUGAAGAAGGUCACUUCUGAUAUGCAGACGCAUAAAAACCCUGGACUCAGAACUGGACCGGCUCCUUUCAAGGCACCUGCUAGCGGACAGACUAAUUCCGUCUCUGGCAAACCUGCAAAGCCUAUCGACAAACCACCAGUGUUCGUACGCGAUGGCAAGAAAUGGCUCGUUGAGUAUCAAAAAGGAAAUAAGAAUUUACUGAUCGAAAAUCCAGAGAUGAAUAACGUCGUCUACGUUUAUCGUUGCGAGGACAGCACGCUGAUAGUGAAGGGAAAAGUGAAUUCUAUCGUAUUGGAUUCGUGCCGCAAGACAUCGGUUGUGUUCGAUUCUCUUGUGUCCAGCAUCGAGUUCGUUAACUGCCAAAGCGUACAGAUGCAGGUUCUGGGAAAAGUACCUACCAUUUCUAUCGACAAGACUGAUGGCUGCCAGAUGUACCUGAAUUCGGAAUCGCUUCAAGUCGAGCUUAUUUCUAGCAAAUCUAGCGAAAUGAACGUUAUGGUACCGAAAGGAAAUGGGGAUUACACGGAGUAUCCGGUACCCGAGCAAUUCAAAACAACCAUAAGUGGGACGGGCCUAACGACAACCGCCGUCGACUCCCUGGGUUAAUUAUAUUUAUAUAUACACAAUUUUUAUUUUUAUUUUAUUUUUCUAAUGAAAUGAAAUUUCACAUAAGUUUACCGUAUUACUAAAGAGGAGGAUUAAAAACGGAAAAAAGAAAAAAAAAAAAACUCUAACAAA